AGGCCAGUGGAGGGAUUGGCAGAGGGGGGUGGCGGAGAUGGAGCGGUUGGAAAGGUGAAUGAGUCUGGCAGCCGUAUUCAGGAUGGACUGAAGCGGGGAUAGCCAGCGGCGAGGCAGGCCAGUGAGGAGGGAGUUGCAGUAGUCGAGUCGUGAUAUGAUGAGGGAGUGGAUGAGCUGUUUAGUGGUUUCUGGGGUUAGGAACGUGCGGAUUUUGGCGAUGUUGCGGAGGUGGAGUCUGCACAAGUUUGUUAAAGAUUGGACUUGGGGCUGGAAGGAUAGGUUGGAGUCCAGAAUGACACCCAGUACUCUGGCCUGUGGGGCGGGUUUGAUGGUGGUGUUGUUGGAUAUGAUGGAGAAGUCAAUGGGGGGUGGUGUCCGGGCUGGGGGGAAGACAAGAAACUUGGUUUUGGAGAGGUUCAGUUUAAGGAAGUGGAGCGACAUCCAGUCUGAUAUGUCGCUCAGUAGGUGUGUGAUUCGGGCGGAGACUGAGGGGGUGAGGUGGGGGGUUGAGAGAUAGAUUUGUGUGUCGUCGGCAUAGAGGUGAUAGUUGAAGCCGUGAGAGUGUAUGAGUUGGCCAAGGGAGGAGGUGUAGAUGGAGAAGAGAAGGGGCCCGAGAACGGAGCCUUGAGGGACCCCAACAGAGAGGGGGAGUGAGGGGGAGGUGGUAGCAUUAUAGGUAACGCUGAAGGA